AAUGCUUGGAGCACACACGUUGCACCUCAUUUGCCCUCUCACGGGUCCUACUUCAACCGUCAUCGCCGCCGACCGAGGACCGAGGAUCUCAGGUCGCACGAUCAUUGUGCGCCAGUUCGACUCCGAGUGGGGAUUCUAGAAGGUCAGGCGGACCUUCUGCUCACGACAGGCAGGGCGACCCGCCGACGCGAAUGGAAAGGUGGAAUCUGAUACGAGCCGAGAAAACAGCCGAUUCGAGCUUCAGGCCUCCGAUUCCACCUGCCCCGUCAACGUCACCUCAUCGUCAACUUUCUCGUUGUGAACCGUCGUGUUCCGAUGGGCAAAAAUUCCUACCACAAGGGCAACGAACAUUAACCGGUUCUUUCGCUGAAGGGCCGGCGGAACUUGGUUGGGAGAAGCGUCUCUUAAGACCCUCGCCGUAUCUCCCCCACGUCAUCUAAAAAAUGUGAAACCACCCGUGCCACUUUGUGUUCACUAAGUCCGAGUCGAUGAGGUUGCGAUGAAGUCACAGUGACUCCCACACCCGUACCAUAUCUCCCUUGUCCGUCCCCUCCCUCGCCCUACCGAACCUUUCGUUGACCCAUUUCGACCUCGUCAGAUGAGGCUGGAGUGGAGCAGAGGACGUGCAGGGUUGGGGAGUCAGAACGGAAUCGCAUUGCGUGCAUUAUGAUGCAGGGCAGGAGGGUGGGUAUGAGAGGGGGAGGAACAGAUCAGGAUUAGAGAUCUCGUUUAAAACGUCGCUUUGCUAGUUUCACGAGAAUCAAUCGUAGCCCCAGAAAUAUCUAUUUGAGACUAAGCAAGAGGCAAUUACACGUAAUUUGCAAUCUGUCGUACCUGGCAUCUCUGCAAAAAUCUUGUCCAGUUAUGAUCGUACCACGUGGAUCCUCUCCCCGGUGCGCUUCCCACUCCUUCCUUGAGGCAGCUCCACUCUCGCCCACUGGCGCUUAGACCUUGCUUACCUACCUACCUUCCUAAGGAGCCUUCUAGACGCUACUGUUCACGUUACUGUUUCAUAAGCUGUUAUUAGUGUUUGUAUCGGAAGUGUAACGGGAGGGUAUUGGCAAUGGCUACGAGCGAGUGUGACGGAAGCGGCGUCGAACACGACCUUGCGGUGUCGAGCAAUUUUUCGCCACCCCCUCGAUCUCGCCACCGCGCCUCGGCAUCCCUCGCGUCACUUUACUGUUUCAUAGGAUGUUAUAAGUGUUUGUAUCGGAGGUGUAACGGGAAGGUAUCGGCAACGGCUAGGAGCGGGUGAGACGGAAGCGGCGGCGAACACGACCCUGCGGUGUCGAGCAAUUUUUUCGCCACCCCCGUCGAUCUUGCCAUCCCACCCCGGCAAAGUCCCCCGUCACUCUCGCUCGCCUCCCACUCCGCUCUCUCUCUCCCUCCUAGACUGCCGUGUCGCGCGCUUCUCAGCUUUCUAGUUUCUAAAGCUUAGAACCAUGCCACGCCACCUAACCCUAAAAUAGUCCCUCUGCACGGUAUCGUUUUUCACGAUGCCCUUUCCUCCCCCGCUAAGGGCUCGACAUUAGGUAAGCACCCACGUAAUUUCCCCCCCUCUUACCUAGUGUACCCUUCCUGUAUUUCCUGCGCGAAACUAGGUGAGAACCACGGCUCAGCCUGUCACCGCGGUUACCUUUUCUUAGCCCGCCGUUCAUCUCCUUCCCUGCCAGCCGUUUUCCAUCCGUUCCUGCCCGGCGUUUCCCCCGUCCCUGUUCGCGCGUCACCCCUCUCUCCCAGCACGCGUCACUCCCUUCCCUGCUCGCCGUCUGUCCCUUCCCUGCUCGCCGUCUGUCCCUUCCCUGCUCGCCGUCUGUCCCUUCCCUGCUCGCCGUCUGUCCCUUCCCUGCUCGCCGUCUGUCCCUUCCCUGCUCGCCGUCUGUCCCUUCCCUGCUCGCCGUCUGUCCCUUCCCUGCUCGCCGUCUUUCCCUUCCCUGCUCGCCGUCCGUCCCUUCCCCGCUCGCUGUCCGUCCCUUCCCUGCUCGCCGCCCGUCCCUUCCCUGCUCGCCGUCCAUCCCGUCCCUGCAGGCCGUCCAUCCCUUCCCUGCUCGCCGUCCAACCCUUCCCUGCUCGCCGUCCCUCCCUUCCCUGCUCGCCGUCCCUCCCUUCCUUGCUCGCCGCCUCUCCCUUCCCACCUCGCCGUCCCUCUUCAUUUCCUGCCUGCCCUCCCUGUUUUCCCAGCACGUUGUCCCCCAUCCCCCUGUUUGACGUCCCCUCCGACCCUGCUCGCCGUCCCCCCCCCAUUUUCCCUGCUCAACGUCCCCUCCGCCCCUGCUCGCCAUUUCCCCCUGCUCGCCAUUUCCCCCCUGUCUAGCUUGCCACUUUCCCCUUUCCCCAGCUCGCAACUAACCCCUCUCCCCAGCACGCCACCUUGCCCUCUGUCCA